AUGUACAACACUUUGCUACUGACCGCCAGGGGACUGAACGCUUCCUUCCAGUACGAGAUCUAUGUGCCCAGGAAUCACCAGGACUCUCAUAUCGUCAUUUGGAGGUCAUUGGUUGAAUGGAAGAACAUGAGCAUAUAUUGCAGAGAGGAAGAGGUUCCUCUGCUCAUCAAAGUAAUGAAGGGCAGACAUUUCCUGGAUAUAGUUAAAGAACUACCAGUAAAUAUGUUUUUCAUAUCAAACUACCAAGUAGAUGUAGUACUUGAUACACUUCAAGAAAUCCUUGAGAGGCGCCUCCAAAAAACCCAGGAUUCAUGUUACGCCUAUGAAACUCGACAAGAAAGUCCUCUGAGGUGUCCAGCCGGCAUGAAGGUCCAGAGACUGGGGAGGGCAGGCAUCCAAAAAAUGCUGGAAAGUAACGAAUACUGGAAGAAUGCUUCUCUAGACCUUUUUUGCAGCUUGGCAGAAAACUUGCCAAUGCUGGGAAUUUACUUAGACCCAGAUGUUGUGGAGGAGAAGGUCAUUGAUUUAAAUGACAUCAGUUUUGCAGUAGACGAAGCAACACCAUUCGGUCAGGUCGGCUGUAGCCCUGAUGGUGCUGUGGGCUUGCUGUGGAUUGAUGUCAAUUACAGAAAGCGUGGGCUGGGAAGUCUCCUCACUGAGUUGAUGGGUCGACUCCAGAUGUCUGAGGGGUUUUUUCCUCAUUCCAUUGUGGUCUACUAUAAUGAUGCCUCUGCUAGAAUGUUCGAGAAGCUGCCAGGCUGGAGGAAAACCCACUGUGCCAACUGGAUAUUCCCUGCUCAGUGAGGGGUCCUUUUGUGAAUCCAAAUCCAUUGCAAGGCUGGUCUUGUAAUUCAGUCCUUAUUUUCACUUGGGAAUCAUGCCUUGAUUUGAUUUUAAGCCUACUAUUGUAAUUUAAGGUGAUAUCAGAUGGUGCUAGGACUUAAUAUAUCGACUCUAUACCAUA